AAAUUGAUAUAUCUUAGUUCGUGAUUGCGGUCCAUGACCGUGGUCUUGUACUCUUGUUUAUAUUAUAAUUAGUAAUUAGUAAUUUAUAAUUAUUCACCUAAUUACCCAAUCUAACUUCUAAGCAGUAAGUACUGAAGUAAAAGAAUAGGACAUCAUCAUUUAGUUUUAAUGGAGUUCAGUCAUUCAAUUCUUGGUUGUUACAUUUCUAAACCUAUUAACUUAAAACAAUUUAAGACUGAAAAUGCUUAUACAGUUGAUCAAAUUAAAAUGUCAAAGAUCACUGAUCGUAUAAUAUUUGAAAAAUUAAGAUCAAUUAAUCCAAGUGCUGAUUUAUCUCAUUUACCAGAUGAUAUAAAAAUGUGGGAAACAGAAUUACAGAACUAUAAUUAUCAAGAAGUUUUUGAUUCACCAGAUACAUUAAGUGCUCGUUACAUUUUUCCUAUCUACGGCACUAUUAGAAGUAAUCUUCAAACACUUAAAGUUAUGAAAAGUGAUUUCUAUCAGACUAAAAAAACAAAAUUAUAUACUCCACUUCCCAGUUUUACUCCAAGAGGUAAUAUUACGCCUGGUCAAACUUUAUUAAUUACAAUUUCAAUUUAUUAUCCAUUUCAUUGGACGAGAAAUCAAAUUCCUGAUGAAGCUGUUUUUCCACGUUGUAAAAAAACCCUUCAAUUUUAUGAUGCACAAACUCUUCAAGAUUUGAAACAAGGAUUUAAAUGUGAAAAUGAAGAAACUGAAAUAAGUGGUGAUAUAAGCAAAACCCCUCAUAAACCAUUAGAAUAUAUUGUGAACUCAGAUUUGAAGCACGGAUUGUUUUACAUAAAUAAUAAUUUAUACGUCGACACAUUACCUGAUAAAAGUACAAAGAUUUAUGCCGAAACAAUGAAAAAAUGGGCUUGUGAUAAUGGUAAACCUAUUGAAAAUAUAUUAUCAUUGGAUACACAACUUUUGGAUUUGGAGAUAUGUAUUGGCCAACCUUAUGUUUACCAACAUUUAGGUCGCUGUGAACAUCUAUUUAUCUUUAAUGAAAUCAGCAUUGCUAAAUCUAAUGAUUGUCUUGGCCAAACCAAUUAUCCAAGAGUCAUCAGUGUAGCAAAAGAGAAAUUAAAAAAUUGUAUAUUUUGCUCUAAAAAUGUAGCUAGUGUUGUUAUGCUGAAUGAUGAUGAAAGAACCCCAGUAAGUGUAAAUCAUAUGUGUGAACCUUGUUUUAAAUCAUAUAACUAUGAUCAUUUAGAUGAUAAAGUAUCAAAUUUUAAAGCUUAUAGAUGUAUAAAAUGGAAAAAAUAACUUAAUAACAUAUUAACUUAUAAAUAAUAAUCCAAAUGACAAUGUUAUUAUGAAAAAUUAUGUUUUUUAAAUUUUUAUUUGUUAUUAAGUACUAAGUUAAAAUAUUUGUCUUAGCAUUAUAAAUCCAUGACUUUUAUUUGCAUUAUUAUAACUGUUAGCAAAUAAAUAACUGUAAAUACAUUUUAUACUACUACUAAUAAUAAUUCUGCCUUUCUGCAUUGCAAAUUAUAUCAGGACAACGGAGAUGUCGGACUUGAUCCAUAGUAUCUUAAAUUUUGGUUGUAAUAUAAAAUAUAAAUAUACUUUCUAUAACUCCUUGCAAUUAA